ACGAACGUCCCGCCGCCACGACCCGUCACGUCCUCCCUGCGCGCUGGAGGCGGAGCCUGCGCAGCGCGAUCCUUGAACGCGUCGGGUUGCCACGCGGGUUCGAGCCAUGGCUGACAGCUGCCGGAUGCCUCAGGCGCGGGCGCUUCUGCAGCAGUGCCUGCACGCCAGGCUGCAAGUACGCCCAGCCGAGGGCGACGCCGAGAGCCAGUGGGUGGAGGUUCAGAGAGGAUUAGUAAUCUAUGUGUGUUUUUUCAAGGGAGCUAAUAAAGAACUUCUUCCCAAAAUGGUUAAUACACUAUUAAACGUGAAGUUAAGUGAAGCAGAAAAUGGCAAGCACGUGUCUAUAUUGGAUCUACCUGGCAAUGUUCUUAUCAUCCCUCAAGCCACCCUUGGGGGGAGAGUAAAAGGAAGAAAUAUGCAGUAUCACUCUAACUCUGGAAAAGAAGAAGGCUUAGAACUUUAUUCCCAAUUUGUGACUCUAUGUGAAAAAGAAUUAGCUGCCAAUAGCAAGUGUGCUGAAGCCGGGGUUGUAGUGGAACAUGGUACUUAUGGGAACAGGCAAGUGUUAAAGCUGGACACCAAUGGACCAUACACACACCUAAUUGAGUUUUGAAAAAUUAAAAGUUAGUUUCUCAGUUGUUUUCUGGUAUAAAAUGAUCUCAACAAAAUUAGAUGUUCUUCCUCUUCUUGAAUACACUAAUCUGCGGCAUUUUUAGACAAGAAAAUCCUGGAUCCCAUCCAUCCCUCUGCAACCUGCUAAUUGGAUGACCUUGCCUUGCCAAAUCACCAAACUCUGGGUCUCCGUCACCUUUCAUUCUGCUCUCCCCUACACUUCCACUUGAAAACUUGAAAAAUACUUUCUAUUCACUUGAUAGUCAUUGUGGAAAUGUUCUAAGAGAGCUGUAUUUUAAGUAUUUUGCAUGAACAGUUUUGUGCAAUCAAGGAAAAUAAUUCUUAGACCCUCAAACGUAUGAAGCAUGUAAUAAAAAUAACUAUUUGUAUUAAAAUUAGGUAAAAUCCCACACAAACUGAUUAUAGUUUUGUCAGUUUUGUUUUACUAUUUCAGUUUUCCAUAUUUUGAAUGAAAACAAUGUGAUUUAAAAAAAUGCGAUUUACUAUUCCUUUUAAUAGUAUCUGUGAAAAUGUAAUGUAGAAAUGUUAUUGUGCAUUAUAUUUACUUUCCAAGGACAUCCAAGUGCUUUAAAUCAUUUUAAGAAUCUUUAGUUGAUACAAGAACAAGGUAUGAGAAUUAAAAAUUGUUUUCCUUUAAUAUGCCAAUUGGUUAAUUAAUACUCUGUUUCUCAGUUUUUUCCCAAAUGAUGUAUGUCUCAUUUUCUGUCUUUGGUUUUUAAAAGUUACUGCUUUGUGAAAUUAAUGUUCAUAAGCUUUUUAGAAAGUCCUUUCUUACUUAAUGAGAUUACUAUAAAAAAGAAAAGGGGGAGCUUUCUACAGGAAUUACUUGGAAACAAGCUGACUUGUUCUUUUCUAUGUUAUUUCCCUGCUGAUUGCAAGCUAGUGUUUUUUUUUGUGAGUUAAUGUUUGUGCCCUGCCCCUGUUCAUAUGUUGAAGUCCCCCAACUUGAUGGUAUUUGGAGAUGGGGUUUUGGGAGGUAAUUAGAGUUAAUGAGAUCAUAAGUGUGGGUCCCUCAUGAUGAGAUUAGAGUCUUCAAAAGAAGAGUCACCAAAGAGCUUGUUUGCUCUCUCCACUCCACCACAUGAGGAUGCAGUGAGAAGGGCGCUACCUGCAUACUAGCAAGAGAACCCUUAUCAAAAAUUGACCAUGUUGACACCUUGAUCUUGAACUUGUAGCCUCCAGAACUGUGGGAAAAUAAAUUUCUGUUGUUCAAACCACUCAGUCUAUGGUAUUUUGUUAGAACAGCAUGAGCUGAUGAAAAUGGUGAUACAUGAUAGAUAGCUAAUAAGGUAGAUUUUUUUUACAGUCAAGAGAGGAAGAUAUAUAAGAAAUUGAAAGAAUAUGUGAAUCAAUAAAAUAAUACUCACUUUUUGCAAA